UUCAUCCAGCUGGCAGAAUGAGAUUUAAGUUGAGGAGUCACCGCCGCGCGCUCGGAGUUUACUCCGUGGGGAAAAUGUGGCGCGCGAGAAUCAAGGAGCAACUCGAAGGCUAAAACCAUGCUGCGCUUUAACCCAUGGAGAAAUGGCCAAUAGGGUUCUGUCCAGCCGCGCGGCCCCGUCCUCCAGCUCCAAGUUCAGCAGCAGGUUCAUGUUCAUCUUCACGCUCUCGCUGUCCUUCACGUACGUGUGCUACAGCGUGCUGUUCUGCUCGGCUCCAGUCAUGCCGAGCAGCCGGUUUGAGGAGCGGCGGUGCGCGCGCGGAGACAGCGCCGGCGCCAAGAAGCUGCUGCAGAGGUCAGCUGCGUGCGCGGAGGCACGGAACUCGAGCCGAAGUGAACUCAAAGCCACGGCGGCUCCACUGCGUCUAGCUCCGAACAGGAGCGAGCUGUCGGGCACGCGGAGCUCGCGUGCGCGCGGUGCCGACGCGGCGCGCUCUAAACCGGCCAAUGCUUCCACAGUUAGCGCGAGCGCGCAGCGGUACGGCAACAAGAAGCUGCCCAACGCGCUGAUCGUGGGCGUGAAGAAGGGCGGCACGCGCGCCGUUCUGGAGUUCAUCCGCAUCCACCCGGAUGUGCGCGCCCUCGGCACCGAGCCGCACUUCUUCGACCGGAACUACGACAAAGGCAUGGACUGGUACAGAGGCCUAAUGCCACGAACACUGGACAGCCAAAUCACCAUGGAGAAAACACCCAGCUACUAUGUAACGCGUGAGGCUCCACGCCGCAUCGCCAGUAUGUCCCAAGACACCAAACUCAUUGUGGUGGUGCGAAAUCCAGUAACACGAGCCAUCUCUGACUACACACAGACACUGUCCAAAAAGCCAGACAUCCCCAGCUUUGAGGAGCUUGCCUUCAAGAACAAGAGUCAGGGUUUGGUGGACACCUCGUGGAACGCCAUCCGCAUAGGCAUGUACAUACUGCACCUAGAGAACUGGCUGCAGUACUUCCGGAUCUCACAGAUCCACUUUGUGAGUGGCGAACGGCUCAUCACUGACCCGGCUGGUGAACUGGGCCGCGUGCAGGAUUUUCUGGGACUUAAACGCAUCAUCACUGACAAGCACUUCUAUUUCAACCGAACAAAAGGCUUCCCCUGUUUGAAGAAGCCUGAGAGCAGCAGCACUCCUCGGUGCCUUGGCAAGUCCAAGGGCAGGACACAUGUUCAAAUCGACCAGGAGGUCAUCGAGCAGUUGCGUGACUUUUAUAGGCCUUUCAAUGUGAAGUUUUAUGAAAUGGUAGGACAUGACUUCAGAUGGGACUGAAGUGGUACACUUUCUUAAAUGAUGAAUGAGUCGUUAGAUCAGAUCUGUCAGUCAGAUAAGGCCAUUGACAGAAGAAGUGAAUGAAAACAGAAAACCUCAAAGGACACCUUAAACAAAUGAAGACCAAAUGCUCUUAAGAUAUUAAACUAGCUUAUAAGCUUAUUGAAUGAUUCUACACAGGCAAAAUCCAUAGCUAUUCCUACUGUAGCUCAGGACACUGUGCCAUCCACUUGAAAUCCUU